AAACAACCUCCCAUCUCUUCUUUCCCUUUCCGCUAAGCUCAAACGUACCCAAAUCCAUUUUUGAGGUAAUAAGCAAAAUAAUGGACCAGUCGCAGCACCAGCAGCACGGCGGCACAAUGCAGCAGCACCAGCAGCAGCAACCCCGGUCUUACCAAGUGGUCAAGGCUGCCACUGCGGCCACCGCCGGAGGAUCGAUGCUCGUCCUCUCGGGCCUUAUCCUCGCGGCCACCGUGAUUAUGCUGACCAUAGCCACUCCUCUCCUUGUCAUCUUCAGCCCCGUCCUCGUCCCUGCUCUCAUCACCGUUGGUCUCCUCAUCACGGGCUUCUUGGCCUCCGGUGGAUUCGGCAUUGCAGCCAUCACUGUUCUGUCCUGGAUCUACAGGUAUGUGACUGGGAGGCACCCACCGGGAGCGGAUUCCCUCGACCAAGCUAGGAUGAAGCUAGCUGGGAAGGCAAGAGAAAUGAAGGAUAGGGCGACGGAGUUCGGGCAGCAGCAUGUUACCGGGCAGCAGACCUCUUAGAAAUAAGGGGACGACUCGCAGCUAUGCAUGUUAGCUAGCUAGAGAGAGGUAAUGGUGAGUCGUGGCCCGGCUGCCGGUGAAGGAUGUUGAUGAUGGAAUAUGAAGUGUGCGGGCUAUGUGAUGGAAAAGUGUUUGUCAGAUUUUGAGGGUUCAUAUUUGGUUGCUUAAGCGUCUUUGUUCCUUUUGUAUCCCCCCCCCUGGGUUUAUAUUCUCGUGUUGCGUGUCUUUUUUUCGUAUGUUUCUCGAGUUUAAAAAUAAUAAUGAGCAAUUUUUGGUGGCUGCCUUGUAAUGUAAUUGAAUGUGAUCAACUUGGUAAUGAUCUCUAGGGUCUUGUAUGUUACGGCGACUAGAAGCGUGCCUGUAGAUUUGGUUCCCAGAAUUGCUUUACCAACAGUCCUGUUUAAGUUGUGGCGCCUCUUUCAGUAGUUGAGCCACUGCCCCUCCCUGGUUAAGGGCAGGAAAGCCCAAAACCUAUGGAGAUAUCGACCUAAUCUUUUGAACAGAAGGAACAGAAGUGAAGACUCAAAAGUUGUUUGACAUCCUUAAUAAAGUUCUUUCCCGAUC